UAUAUAGUGUGGCAUCGAUGGCGAAAUGUUGGAAAUUGCUCUUGAACCGGAAGUUGCUGCUGUUUACUGUUUAAACCUUCCGCUUGAAGAGAGGAAGACAAUGUGGGACUUGGGGAAUAUUGGCCAGUCUUUUCUCGUAGCAGACCUUGGAGGUGGAACAGCAGAUUUGGCAGCUAUUAAAGUUAAUGCUAAGGGCACUCUUGACAUUAUCCGUCACGCACAGGGAGCACUUAUAGGUGGACAAAACAUCAAUAGUGCUUUUUUCCAAGCCAUACAUGAAAGUUUCGAGGGAGAUCUAUUUAAGACUGUCUUUCGAGAUCCCAUUGAAUUAUUAGAAAUGGAAGAUGAUUUCGAGCACAAAAAGGUCAACAUUGUAUCAACAAAAGAACUCAAAUGUUCUAUCAACCUUACGGUUCCAUCACAAUUCAGAAAUGGACUUCUUCAAAAUGAGAUACGGCUGACAGAAGAAGCGAAAAAGAAGGGAGGGUUACAGAUAAACAGAGAUAAACUGCUCUUUGAUCCAUCUUACAUUAAAGAAUAUUUUUUCAAAGAAACGUGCACACGAAUAUCCAAAGAGAUAGAAAAAAUGCUGAAAUUACCGGAAUUAGGUAAUGUAAGUAUAAUCGUAUUGGUUGGAGGGCUUUCAGGAUCGAGCGUUGUAGUAUCACAAAUUAAGGACCUGCUGAAGGAAUCAUUUCCUGAAGUUAGAGUUGUUGUGCCAACAUCACCGUUUCGAGCGAUUUUGACAGGGGCGGUACUGUAUGGUCAUAACCCAGAAAUACUUAACAGUAGAAGGAGCCCAGCUACAUUUGGAGUGAAAACAAAUAGCCUGUUUGACGCUGCCGUCCACAAAAGCGAUAAAAAAUGGAUACAUAGUGCAUCUGGAAAAGCCUAUUGCAAAGAUAUAUUCUCCGUACAUGUAUGGGAGGGUGAAUUAAUCGUUUUGAACGAAAAGCAGCCAGUAAAGAAAUACUUUCCGAUGGAUGCAAACCAAACUGAAGUCAAAUUAAAGGUGUUUAUGCAUUCAGCAAGGGAUAUCUCAUUGGAUGAGUCUAAAGUUUUAUACACUUCAGAUGAUGGGUGCACAGAAUUAGGCGAGAUGAUUGUCAAGAUGCCAGAUACUUCAAAAGGUACAAACAGAGAAGUUUUUGUAUCUUUUGUAAUAGGAGCUGAGAUAGAAGUAAAAGCAAUAGAUGAAACAAGUAAAGAAGAAUUUGAGGUGAAAUUUGAGUUUUUAAAUACUUUAAAUCUAUGUAAACAAAAGGAAGAAAAUGAACUUGGCGCACAAAACAUUUAAUAAAAAAAUCUCUUUGUUCAGUCAAUACUGAAAAGGGCAUUUAGGAAAACUGUAUAGAGAUAAAUGUUACAUGUGUUUAUUGAAAUGGAAAAAGAAAAACACGUAAAAUGAAUGAAUUAUAAACGUUAUUUUCUACCAAAUAUGUAUUCGACGGCCCUGAAAGUAUGUGAUGCUUGACACUUACAUUUUAUUGAAAUAUGUGCAGUGAUAUUUGCUGCAAAAUUUAACAAAAUACCAACGUAAUUAGAAAUUAUUUCAUCAUUUUAAUGAGCAAACAUUAUUGUCGACAUCUUCUAUCUUCAUCAUUUCGAUUGAGGUUUACCUCAGAAAUAAAGAACGCCGUAAAAGGUUUUGAAAAGACAGUGUACUGUUGGUUUUACAUUUGUGAGAAAUUGAGAAAUUUUUUGCGUUCUCUAUUGAUUAUCUCAACAUUUGAUACAACUGUUGACAUAUCUUCGUGAAUAUAAACUUUUAAUUGGAAAAUCUUAUAUGUGUAAAUUAAUUGAUUCUAUUUCAUCUGUAAUCAUGUAUAAUACCUGUCUUGUCCUAUCUGAUCUGCCAGUGAAAACUGAACAGAUCGUCAAAAUUAGUUGGUAAGUGUAUUAUUUCUUCAUAUUGAAUAAAUAUGUGUAUAAUUUGGAUAACGCAAUAUAGGCCGUGUGAAUUUUGUUUGUUUCUAAUAGCUCAUAUUUUUUCGCCAUUCUACAAGUCAUGCAUUAUGUCUGUGUCAUUUAUGAUAAAACUUGGAAUAUGUGUAAUGAUUUUGUUUUUUUUUAACCAUACCUUCUUGAUUUUAUGUUUUUCAUACUAUUGUUCAAAGUCAUUUGUGUUAUUGAAAUAAUUCAAACAAAAGGUAAAGGUAAAGGCAGUCUAAAUGAGCUGUCAUAAAAAAUCUUUACUAUUACAAUUUUUGUUUGUUUUAAAUUUGUUAAUGGAUAUAUCAAUCAGGACUUAGUUAAAUACUAAUUUUAUCUUAACAAGUCACUUAACAUUUUAAACAUUUCUCGAACACGCACGUCAGUAUUAUCAAAUUCUCUAUAGACCUGCUUGUUUCAGUGGCUAAGUUCUGCUUUGCUUAAAAACUGAUACAGGGAACGUUUACAUUUGUAGAAAAAACAAUUCAUUUGC